AUGGGAGGUUCCACUUCCUCCCUCGUCGAUGAGGCUGAAAGUGACACGCCCAGAGGUGCAGCUCUACCUCCGUCCCCCAUCAUGGGAUGUCUGAGGAGCAGCCAGAGCAUCUCUCUACCUCGGCAGCUUCCCCGACCAGGCAGACACAGAGAGCGAAGUUUUUCCUCGGGUUCAAUGCCCCUGCAGAGGACCCAAUGGGCCUGUGGCUGCUGUACUUUCCUCAACGCAGCAGGUGCCCCCCGCUGCUCCAUCUGUGAAGCCCCCCGGCGGAAACAGGACACCCGCUGGAUGUGGCAGAUAACUGGCAAAGAUGACAGACGUUGGUCCUGUCCCAGCUGCACGCUCACAAACCCCCCUGGCACUCUGGCCUGCUCUCUUUGUGGCUACACCGGACCCCUGAACCGACCGCGGGGCUCGUCUGAAGACCUGCCUCCACGGCCACAGCGCUCCAGUAGCUGCUCCGGCCCCCUGAGGCCCUCACAGACUGAUGAUGCAGACAAAAACAGCCUUGUGUGGGAGUGUCGGAGGUGCACGCUACAGAACACCCCCACCUCAAUGUCCUGCUCUGCUUGUGGUGGACCACGCAAACUGUCUCUCCCACAGAUCCCGGCAGACGCCUUGCUCAUGCCUGAAGUCAGCGAUAAAAAAGGACUAAAGCAGCCAGAGCCUGCAGCAGGGGCACUACCCCUCUCUGUCUCCGCUCAAGGAGACUGUUUACCUCCAGAGGCUUCAGGUUCCUCUGGGGUCAGUGCUGGGACGUCAGGUCAUAAUAACCCUGUCCCCUGCAGCCGUAGAGAGGUGCCACCCUCAGAGAUCAGCACCAACAACAUAAGUCCUUCUCCCUCAUCACUUGCUGUUUCACAUCUCUCUGCCCCAUCAGAGCUGCAGUCCAGCAGGCGGCUCAGCGUCCUGACAGAAGAGAUGUCUCCUGCAUCAGAUGUAUCUGCAACAUUCCCUCCAUGUGCAACCCCUGAUAUUAACAGGACAGAGGAAUGGGCAUGCCCAGCAUGCACUCUCAUUAACAUGAUGAAAGCCAAACACUGCCUGGCCUGCCACACCCCCCAGCAGCUCAGACCUGCCCCGUCCACUAAGAGGAAGGAGAGCAUGCUGGUGGAGGAGCGGCGGCAGAGUGAUGAAGGAGAAGCCAAGGAGCUGUGGGAGAACAUCAUCAGCUUCUGCAGAGAGAAUUCUGUGACAUUUGUGGAUGACAGCUUCCCUCCUGGUUCAAAGUCUAUUGGUUUUCCAGUCGACGACAGCGUCCAACAUCGGGUCAAAAAGUGGCUUCGACCUCAAGAAAUCAACUGCAGCAACCUCAGAGACCGUGGAGUGAAGUGGUCUGUGUUCCGAACGCUUCGCCCAUCAGACAUCCAGCAGGGGCUUCUGGGUAACUGCUGGUUUCUGAGUGCCUUGGCUGUUCUUGCUGAACGUCCUGAGCUGGUAGAGAAGGUGAUGGUGACCCGCUGGCUGUGUACUGAAGGAGCCUAUCAGGUGCGUCUUUGUAAAGACGGCUCGUGGACAACGGUGCUGGUGGACGACAUGCUGCCCUGUGACGAAAACGGACAUCUCCUCUUCUCUCAGGCCCAGCGGAAGCAGCUCUGGGUGGCCCUGAUUGAGAAAGCUCUGGCAAAGCUGCAUGGUUCCUACUUUGCUUUGCAGGCAGGUCGUGCCAUUGAGGGCCUGUCCACGCUGACGGGGGCCCCCUGUGAGUCGUUGGCCCUUCAGGUUAGUGCCACCAACCCCAAAGAAGAGCCAAUCGAUACGGACCUCAUCUGGGCAAAAAUGCUUAGCUCAAAGGAAGCAGGAUUCUUGAUGGGGGCAUCUUGUGGUGGUGGUAACAUGAAGGUGGACGACUCAGAGUACGAGUCACUGGGUUUACGACCACGCCAUGCAUACUCUGUCCUUGAUGUGAGAGAUGUAGACGGUCACAGAUUACUGCAGCUGAGAAACCCAUGGGGUCGCUUCUCUUGGACUGGGCCCUGGGCAGACAGCUGGCCAAACUGGCCUCCACACCUGAAGAGGGAGCUCUGCACUCAGCGGGCUGAAGAUGGCCUGUUUUGGAUGGACUUCUGGGAUUUUAUUAGGUACUUUGACUCAGUUGAUAUCUGUAAGAUUCAUUCAGACUGGCAGGAGGUCCGAGUAUCUGGCGUUUUUCCCCGUGGAGCUGACGUCCCAGUGACAGUUGUGUCCAUCACAGUACUGGAGAGAACAGCGGUAGAGCUGGCUUUAUUCCAGCAAGGAAGCAGGCGGUGGGACACAGCAGAGAGCCAUCUCUUGGACUUGUGUGUUCUGGUGUUUCGGGUCUCCUACGACAGCUCUGAUGUCCUGUCACUAGGUCGUCUUUUAGCUCACAGUCGGCGUUCGGUGAGGAGGUUCGUGGGCUGUGAUGUUAUGCUGGAGCCAGGCGAAUAUGCUGUGCUAUGCUGCGCUUUUAACCACUGGAACAAUACGGACACAGAAGAGACAACAAGCUGCAGCAGAUCAGAGGAUCCUGGCUACAUGCUGGCUGUCUACAGCUCCAGACUGGUGAUGGUGGAGCAGAUAACGGCCCCCAGCACCACCAUCGCUGACGCCAUCAUCCAAUUGACAGAAACCAAAGGAGAAAGACAUGAGGGUCGAGAGGGCAUGACGUGCUACUACCUGACCCAUGGGUGGGCGGGGCUCAUCGUUAUGAUAGAAAACAGACAUCCCAGACAUCACCUCCACGUGUCCUGUGACUGCAGUGAUAGCUUCAAUGUGGUGUCCACACGUAGCAGCCUCAAAGCCAUUGACAGCAUCCCUCCUCUGCACAGGCAGGUGCUUGUGGUUUUGUCUCAGCUGGAAGGAAACGCUGGAUUCUCUAUCACUCAUAGACUUGCUCAUCGUAAGGCCGUCCAAGCUUCUCUUGGGAACUGGAGUCCCUCAAAGGCAACACACUGUCCUGCUCUGAGCCCAGAAACAGCAGGUCUGCACCAACCUCGACCUCUAUGA